GUAAUUUUUAAAUUCGAUGCAAACUUAUCAAUAGAUGAUAUGCACAAUUUAGUGUUAAAAAACAAGUAAUUUGGAUUAAACACAAAUUGGUUAUUGCAGUAGUAAUAAUUAAUUACUUGAAAAAAUGACUAAAAGUACUUAUAAAAACGUAUAAAGGGACAAUUAUCUCAUUCCACGUGGGUCACUUCCACUAAUUGUUCUAUGGGUGUACUACCGAAGGCAUACGAAGCACAUGAAGAAAUACGAGAAAUUUUAUAAACUUUCUGCACCAAACUGGCUACCUUUUGUGGGAAAUAGUUUGCAAGUACUGGGAAAGAACUUAUUACUUGUCUCAGAAGAUGUCAACAAAAACGUAGGAAAUCCCUGUGUGAUGUUCAUACCAACCCGACAUUACCUGACCUCUAAACCAGCAGAUUUAAAAAUUCUGCUCAAUCACCCAAAUGUUUUAGAAAAAAGUGUCCAAUAUGAAGUUCUGAAGUGUUGGUUCAGAGAUAGUUUGUUAAUAACCGAAGUUCCAAAAUGGAAGAAAAAUAGAAAAUUAAUUUCUAAGAGUUUUAUUCAGGAGGUAUUGAAUUCGUUUAUCGAUGUAAUGUAUGAAAAAACUUGCAUUUUAACAAAAAUAAUAGGAAAAAUCGAUUUCAAAAAGAAUAGUAUCUUUGAAUUGUUUGAACAAUACACAUUAGAUACUUUUUGUGAAGCGACAUUGGGAAUUGAAUCUUCAAUAUUAAUAAAUAAUGAGACAAAAUUUACUGAAGCUAUUUCAGAAGCUCAAAAAUUAAUGAUGUCUCGACCACUGAAUCCAUUAGAAAUGAAUGACUUCAUAUUCAACAUUUUCUUUUCCAAAUCUAAAAUCAUUAGAAACUUCGUUGAUUAUAUGAACGAUUUCAUUCAAAAUAUUAUUGAUAAGAAGAAAAUACUGAUAAGUGAAAACAUAUACGUAUGUAACAAAUAUAAAUUGCCCGUUCUUGAUUUAUUGCUGCAAAAUUAUAAAAAUGAGAAUCUAAAUGACGAAUAUAUCCGAAACGAAAUGAUUCUAUUCGCUGCAGCAGCCACUGAUACAACUGCUUAUACUUUGUCAUAUACAUGUUUACUGUUGGCGAUGAAUCCUAAAAUACAAGAAAAUGUUUAUGAAGAAGUUAUGGAGGUUGUUGGAGAAUAUAGAACAAUAGAUUGUAGUAAUCUAGUUAAUUUAAAAUACACUGAAAUGGUGAUAAAUGAAGCUUUAAGAUUAAUUCCUGUUAUUCCAUUAAUGGGGCGACGCACAACUGCCGAAAUAAAUUUAGGUGAAAUAGUCAUCCCAGAAAAUACAGGAAUAAUUCUAGACAUAUUGAGUUUGCAUAGAAACCCGGAAAUUUAUCCGGAUCCCCUGAAAUACGAUCCAGAUAGAUUUCUACCCGAAGAGGUCGCAAAAAGGCCCCAAUACAGUUUUGUGCCUUUUUCUGCUGGUCCAAGAAACUGCAUCGGUAAAAAAUAUGCAAUGAUGUUUAUGAAAAUGGCUAUAGCUAAUAUUGUGAGAAAUUUUAGAAUUUCAACAAAACACAAAUCGAUAGAAGAGUUUAAAUUUGAGUCCAGCAUUGUGAUGAAUGUGACUCAUCCAGUUGACUGUAAUUUUACUUCCAGAUAAUUUUAAGUAAUAAUAAAUUGUACGGUAUUUGUAAAUUUAUUUAAUAAAUACUUCUGGUCAUAUCAGUAUAAUUUUUUAUAAUAACAAGUAAAAUGUCCUUUUAAAUUAAAAUAGUAAAAAUGAGUAUUUUAAAUUAAAAUAAACACUA